UAUUUAAUAAUAAUUUAUAUUUAAUAUGAAUGAAGAUAUAUUACAGAAAUGGAGUCCUUAUGCCAAAGAAUAUGAUCCUUUAAAAGCAGGUAGUAUCGAUGGAACAGAUAUAGAGCCUCAUGACAGAGCAGUUAGUAGAGCAAUGAUGAGGCACUAUGAACCACCUCAUAAUUUAGAAUCUAAAUCAGAAAGAACUUUGUUUGUAGCUAGGUUUGGUCCUAAAAUCAAUAAGAAUGAUUUGAUAGAGUUUUUUAACAGAUAUGGAGACGUCAUUUCAGCAAAAGUCAUAGUAGAUGUGGUAACUGGUCUCUCUCAAGGCUAUGGUUUUGUGGAAAUGCGAAGUGAGGAGGAUGUCAAAAGGGUAUUUAGACGAGCCAUAGAUGUCACAUUAAAAGGAUAUCAAAUAUUUAUUGAUCGUGAAUGUGGUCGUACCAUGAAGGGUUGGAAACCAAGGAGACUUGGAGGUGGCUUUGGUGGCAAAAAAGAGUCAGGGCAAUUGAGAUUUGGAGGAAAAGAUAGACCGUUCAAACGACCCAUUGUACCUAAUAUUUUAAAACCAAGAAGUCAUACCUAUUUAAAAUAAAAAACUUAUAUGAUUCAUAUUUGAGCAGUAUUGUCAGAAAAUAAACUAUUCUUCUGACUUGUCA